AAGCAAGGGUUUUAUUUAGUUCUGGAAGAUGCACGUAUUAUCCACUGAUCUCUCCACUAAGGGGAGAGAUCAGUGGUAUUAUCUAGUUUUUUUUUUUUGGGGGGGCGGGGCACUGAACUAAUGAAAAGUACGAGCGCGAGCGAGGCAAGAUAUCCCUCUACGUUUCAAUUUUUAUAGUGAGAAGUAAAAAAAAUUGUUUAAUCAUGGUCAUGGAGAAAAUGGAAGUAGAGGAGUCCGGCCGCAAGGAUGGCAUUCAGCGGUAUUACAUAACAAAGAUUGAGGAACUGCAGAUGGUCGUGACAGACAAGACACAGAAUCUGAGGAGAUUAGAAGCACAGAGAAAUGAACUCAAUGCUAAAGUUCGUAUGCUGAGGGAGGAGUUGCAGCUUCUUCAAGAACAGGGAUCCCAUGUCGGAGAAGUCGUCAAGGCUAUGGACAAGAAAAAAGUCCUUGUGAAGGUGCACCCGGAGGGCAAGUUUGUAGUCGACAUCGACAAAUCAAUUGACAUCAACGACGUCCAACCCAAUUGCAGAGUAGCACUACGUAAUGAUAGCCACACACUGCAUAAAAUCUUACCCAACAAGGUUGACCCUCUGGUCAGUUUGAUGAUGGUAGAGAAGGUCCCUGAUUCAACCUACGAGAUGGUCGGUGGUCUAGACAAACAGAUCAAGGAGAUUAAAGAGGUCAUUGAACUGCCAGUCAAGCAUCCAGAACUCUUUGAUGCCUUAGGUAUUGCACAACCAAAGGGAGUUUUAUUAUAUGGUCCUCCAGGUACAGGGAAGACUCUACUAGCCAGGGCUGUUGCUCACCACACAGAAUGUACCUUCAUACGAGUGUCGGGAUCAGAACUUGUGCAGAAAUUCAUCGGAGAGGGUUCCAGAAUGGUCAGAGAACUCUUUGUCAUGGCUAGAGAGCAUGCACCAUCUAUCAUCUUCAUGGAUGAGAUUGAUUCCAUUGGAUCCACCCGUAUCGAAGGAAGCUCUGGAGGGGACAGUGAGGUUCAAAGAACUAUGCUGGAACUUCUCAAUCAGCUGGAUGGCUUUGAGGCUACAAAGAACAUCAAGGUCAUCAUGGCAACAAACCGUAUCGACAUCCUGGACUCCGCCCUCCUCAGACCGGGUCGUAUCGACCGAAAGAUUGAAUUCCCUCCACCAAACGAAGCGGCCCGUCUCGACAUUCUUAAGAUCCAUUCCCGUAAGAUGAAUCUGACUAGGGGUAUUAAUCUGAGGAAGAUUGCUGAACUCAUGCCAGGUGCUUCAGGGGCAGAGGUCAAGGGUGUAUGCACUGAGGCUGGCAUGUAUGCCUUGAGAGAGAGGAGGGUCCAUGUUACACAAGAAGACUUUGAGAUGGCUGUAGCUAAGAUCAUGCUGAAGGAUUCAGAGAAGAACAUGUCCAUCAAGAAAUUCUGGAAGUAGAUCCAAACACUCUGCAUGAUGAUAGCAAUUGAUUUGGCUUCUUGUCAGAGAGAAAAAAGGUUAAUGUGUUAAAAUAUGUUUGAGAGAGAAAGAGAGAGGGAGAGUGAGUGACAGAGGGAGAAAGGGAGAGUAAGAGUUGAAAACAUUACAUUGAGAAAUGGGCCAGAGAAUAUCAUCUUAAACCAUUUAUAAGAAUUGAAUUCUCACAAAAAUAUAUAUAUAUUCACAGACACUUGAAGAUGAUGCUCCGUCAUGUCUGUUGUUAUUUAUAAUGUCUUCUAGUAAUUUGAUACAGGACAAAUCUUAUUCCAUCUUUGGUCGCAUGUUGCAGGAUUUAGGAUCAAUAUGUUUUCUUCAAACAAUAAUAUUUGGUAUGAUUUUGGCAGAGAUUUAAUCAAAGAGCUAAAGCGUUUGUUUCAAAACCUUGCUCACUUCUUAUAUUUACAUGCUUUUUGGUGCAAGUUACACAUUUAUUUGUGUAGCUCUAACAGAGCUAUUAAAAGUUUGUUUCCAUGUAAUACCAGAGUACAUUUCAAUUGAGUUUAAGGUGAACGGAUGAUUUCAAGUUAAGUGAUGACCUUUCGUUGUCAGGGUUUGGCCCACUUUUACAUCAGCACAGCUCCAACAGAAAUAAACAGGACUGGUCUUGUGAUGAGUCUUACUUGGUAUCGAGGUACCAAUAAUAUGAUCUAGGGGCCUUUUCAUAAAGCUGUUCAUAAGUUUCGCAUGUCUUUAACAAAUGACAGUUCGCCCUUUCUUGUGAUAAGUGAUAUAUCUCAAAGUAGGUGACUUGUUGCCCAAGAACAUGUUCCAAUCAUGCAUGAAGUUGUGCAUACCUUUAUGAAACACUGCUCAGGUGGGUGCCUGCUUCUUCAAAUUGUUCAUAAAUUAUGAUUGACUGUACAAACGACUGGUGAUCCUUUCUUGUGCACCAAACUUUUGUUUGGCGCACAUUCAGCUCAUAAAAACAGGGUCACCAGUCGUGUGUGAAAUUGUUUGUAAAGUUGCUUGUAACUUGUGAACACCUGAUGAAAGACUGCUCUGGUCCGUUUUUUAAACUCAGAUAAGAUUUUGGAGCUGUGAAAGACAAUCCAAAUUGUGCUUUCAACACCAACACUGAACUUGCGAUCACCCAAUAUCAAACGGUUAAAAACAUUGAAGUAAGGUGUCAAGCAUACAGUGUUCACUUCCAUGUAUUCUAGAUGAUUUUAAUAGAAGAUAAAAACUUUUCCUGGAGCAUUUAGAACCACGUCAUCAGUCAAGAUGUUCAGAAUGUAUUUGUUCAGGUAUAGAUGUUAAGAUAAUUAAUUGAAUUGUAAUUGCAAGCGAAGUUUACAUGUGACUGUAUAUAAUAAAAUGUUCAAAACAGGA